AUGAACGUCCUGCUGAUGUUAAGUGUUGUUUUUGGAGUCAGCAUCACUCUGGUGGCUGGUGCGGUGCAGCCUCUCGGUGCAGGCUACAACAGCCGCUGUGUGUGUCUGAAGCUGGAGUCUCGGGUCAUCCCUCAGGAUAACCUGCGGCGAGUGGUCAUCCUGCCCCGGGGCCCUCACUGCAAGACCACCGAGGUCAUUGCCGGUUUGACCAGUGGCGAGAGGAUCUGCCUGAACCCCAGAACACACUGGGUUAAAAAACUCAUCAUGUUCAUCGAGAAAAAGAAGCAAGAGAACAACAAACUGUAGAAGACAUUGAUACUCUGAUUAACAUCUCUGCCUCUGCCAAAAGACCUGUCAGAAAACCGCACAUAUACAGUAUAGAUUCAUUUGUGUCUUGGAGAAUGAUUGUUUUGUAAUUAUUUUCAUAUUCUGAGUUCUAUAUUUGUCACUGUUAAUAGUUAAACCCAGACACGAACUGAAAUGAUGUGUCUUCUACACUACACUCACUGUCUUUACACUGAUUGUUUUAAUUGUAUACUAAUGGAAUCAUCAUGCUUUUCUGUGUUUCUUGU